AUCUACUGAAAGACCAGAAGGCAACACAAAAGUAGUUCAGUUAUUUGAAGACGCACCACUAAUCCACAAAAAGUAACAUUACCUGGGACUACUUACAAGACAAUUUACCAUUGUUAAUAAGCAUUUUAAAAGAUACACGACUGCAGCAUCGAAGACAGUCAUAAUAGGGAAAAGCUAUGAUUGAAAAACAGAUAAACCAGUUAUAUAAGGGCUAUUAUAAUAGAUUGUGAACACAAGAAACACAACAUCGGACUUCACUCAGGUCCAAGUCCUGUUUGUUAUGUUGGUCAAAUUUGGAAAUGAGGCUUGAUCAUAAAUUUUGGACGAGAGAGAGGUACAAGUGCUAAAACAAGUGAAAAGGCAACCAACGAAAAUUCUGCAAGUUAUAAGCAGGUGAGACAACAUGUGUGAAGUGAGAAACAGUUAAUGCUUCAGUUGAAUGAACUUCUGGAACAACGUUGUGAUAGGGGGAAGGGAUAAGUUAACUUUAUGCACUUGGAGCAGCGAGCCUGGAGAAGAGGCCUUGCAACUGACUUUGGAACUAAGAUUGACUAUAAAUCGUGAAAAUAGCGUGGGCAGGUGUUGUAUACUAAUACGAUGGUCAAAGAAAUCAGAGACUCUUCGCUCUUGCCAAUUCUUUCACGGAACUGCAAAAAGGAUAUUGGCCAGUUCGGAAUGAACGCAAACAAACGUCCAGGGCCGAGAAAAAUAAGUGUUGAAAGGCUCGCACACGGUUGAACCCAAACAUACCGCUUUCCUCUUAUAGUUUCAGAGACAUUGGACAUGUCCGUCCUUGACCUGGACCCCGUCGUCCAGGUGGCCCGGCAGCUCAGCUGGUCCCGCCCACCCUUUCCCCGCGUACCAUUGGCCCGGAGGCCCAUCAAUCUGGGUUUCCGGCCUUGCCGUUGGUGCGUCCGGCCAUCAAUCGCAGUUGAGAGGCGGCGCUGCGAGCCAAGGCCGCUCGACGGUUUGACAGUUGGUGACCCCCCCGUGACCCCCUCCCACCCCACUCCAUUGAAGAAGAACCGUUAAAUCUCGAGGCCGGCGGUUACGGGGUGCCGCCGGCCGCGCUACGGUGGCGAGGCUGCUUCUGUAAAGGACCGAUUCCCUCGACCCUACCCGACCUCACAAAACCCCCUCACCCGGGACCCCAAACUCCCCCCUCGCACCGGUGCAGUGGGAGGGAAAAUGGGUGACACCGGCGCAACCCACGGACCCGAUGAUUUGAUUUGGAUUGUAAUGGCGGAGUUCAGCAUCAGCUAUUAUGUUCCUUGUUAUGUGGAUAUUGUUUACUCUGCUGCACCAAAAUAUGUGUCAUCUGUUGUGGGAAGACAGAAUUAAACCCAGCACAAUUCUUGCAUUCCAUUUUGAACCAGACUACUGUGGCAUAAUACAUGCAAAAGGGAAGGAGAAAAAGUCUGUAUCGGCAGCAGCUGGUGAUUAUACCUGGUCUCAGUUUGAGCAACAGUAUUGGUUCUCCGGGGUGAGGGAGAGGAAUGACAAUCAAGUACCUGAUGUAGGAAUACAUGCUGUACUUACUGAGGAAAUGGCUUAUUUCAGCCCAAGUUUACUUACCUCUGUUGCCAAAUCAAGAGGAAUGUGCUGUUUCACACAUAGCAAUUUAUGGGCUUCAGUUGUGGUUCUCCAGGUCCAUGAUUUUCAUUCAAACAGACUAUAUCCCAGAGAUAAAAGACUUGGGAGGACCUGGCCUCUUCUCUCCUGCAGUUUACCACACUCUCCUUUCAUACCUAAGUGCAAAUACCACCUGUCGGUUCGGUUUCUUAAAGUGAAUAAAGAUUCUUCCGACAAAAAUGAACAUACACCAAAGUCUGAGACAGAAGAAUCACUUUCCCGAACAACUGAAAAAGUUGUUGUGAAGCCAACCUGGAAGCAGAAAAUUAUAAGUGAACUGAAACAUUACUACAACGGAUUCCGAUUACUUUGGAUUGACACAAAGGUGGCAGUGAGGAUCCUGUCAAGGUUAUUUGUUGGACAUCGGCUUACCCGGAGAGAGAGGCGAAGGCUUAUACGAACAUGUGUUGACCUCUUCCGCCUACUUCCAUUCAUGAUCUUUCUGAUUGUGCCAUUUCUGGAAUUUCUGCUGCCAGUUGUUCUGAAAUUGUUUCCAGGGAUGCUGCCAUCUACAUUUGAGACAAAAAUGUCAAAGGAAGAAAAUCAGAGAAAUACCUUGGCAGCAAAACUUGAAGUUGCAAAAUUUCUCCAAGAAACUAUUGCAGAAAUGGCUAAAAGAAAUAAAGCAAAGGGUGGAGAGGCUACCAAACAGUUUUCUUCCUAUGUACAGAAGGUCCGUCGCUCAGGAGAAAGUCCAAGCACGCAGGACAUCGUGCGUUUCUCCAAGCACUUCGAAGAUGAGUUGACACUGGAGCACCUGACCCGUCCUCAGCUGGUGGCCCUGUGCAGGCUUUUGGAACUCCAACCUUUUGGCACAAACAACCUGCUUCGCUUCCAGCUUCAAAUGGAACUGAGGUCCAUAAAAGCAGAUGAUGAAAUGAUCGCUGAAGAAGGAUGUGAAUUUUUGACUGUGUCAGAACUGCAGGCAGCAUGCAGAGCAAGGGGAAUGAGAUCAUUAGGAUUGACAGAGAAACAGCUCCAAGAUCAGCUCAAACAGUGGCUUCAGUUGCAUCUGAAAGAAAACGUACCUCCAUCAUUGCUACUGUUGUCUCGUGCUAUGUACCUGACUGAUAUCAAACCAAAAACUGUUGUACAGAAAGUGCCAAAAAUUGAGCUGGGCAUUACUGGUACCCUGAAGAAAGAACCAGAGGAACAACCCAAGGGAAAAACCACCACUGAACCGUCAACCCCGCCAUCUUCAGAUUCAUUGUCUGACUUGACACCAACAUUGAAAAACGUGAAGUCUACAGAUGGAGAAGAGGCCCAAAAAACUAAGGCCUCUGCAAAUGGUUCAGGAUGAACAAAGUCAGAAAAACUGGAGAAAGGGACGACCUCCUCAUGCCAGAGUAUUUGUCAUCUCAGUUGAUCCAUAUUAGGACAACUCCACCAAAUGGACACUUUUGAGGACUUUUGAUACUAUUGUCGCUGUUGAUGCUUCUAUAAUGUACUGAGGGUGCAAACACUUUGCAGAUGGCUUGGUAAUAAGCACACAAAAGCUGCAACCAAAGAGCACACAUUUGAACAAGGAAAGGUAAUGUGAUUAAGACAAGAUUCUAUAUGUAGACUACAGGUUUGUCUUAUUUGCUGCAGGACAGUGAUGCUGGGGUGUAACUAGGGAAAGCUUCUUCUUCAAUGCACAGUCACACCCUGUGCAAAACAGUGUGAAUAUUUUGCAAUAUAGUUAUGGCACUAGUACAGGGAAAAACACAAACCUGCACAGACAGUGCAGCUUCGUGUUGAUUUUUUCCUGUGAUCUCUGAUGUGAUUAUAUUUAUAGCAGUAAUAGCAGAUACCAACCAAAGUGAUCAGCACAGGACCACACUAACUGUACACUGGUGUAUCCCACCAUGGCACGUGGCAUGAUCGAGGUGCUGAUAAAAUACUGACAAGAAUAAAACCAACUGGGACUAUACAGGAGCUUUAUGCUGAGACUAAAAAGAUAACACUUUUAACUUAAUUACCUGGUGUUUGUUGAUAUUUGAACAAAGCACAGCACAUGUCAUUUCUUCACCCUUGCAGAAGUCCACAGUUUUCUUAAUCCACCACUGAAGACAUCACCAUAUUUUAUAACACUGCCUAUCAUGUUUUAAAUCAGUUGCUCUCGUUUUGUGACUUUCCCAAGCAGCACAAACAUCUGCUUCCCCCCUUCCAGAUGCUGUUGGGUGCAGAGAGAAUUGGCCCUGGAGUAAUCCAAGCAACUGUUUAUUCCCCAUGCUCCGAUGACGACAAAGAGAAAAGGACAAACAUCUUUAAGAAAAUGCCAACAUAUUGUUGUGGUCUUUUGAAAGAUGUGCAAUUGAAAUGGGUGGACUCAAACCUAUUCAGCUGCAACACUGGAGAUCCAAAGGUCCAUGGAGAAACUGAGCAUCCUUCCAUCACAGAGUGAAGAUGAAGCAUCGGACACUCAGCUUUUGGAGGGGUCAACUCGAUUAGUUAUUUUGUUCAUGCCUUUCGUUAUGUCAAUGAUCAGAAUUGCAGUUCUCAAAUGCAAUCACGCAGUCACUGAAGAUAGUGAAACAAAUUUCUAUCAAUACCUAAACUUACUGUUUGAAUUCUGGCCAUUUAUUCUUGUUUCCAUGUCUUUUCAAAAAAAUAAAAUGGUGACCUGAUUACUGCUGAGUCACAUGGUCAGCACAUAAUGUCAUCUGGUGAAAUCUGGCAAAAAGACAUUAAAAUCUUUAGAAUAAUCCAUUCCACUGUCUUCCGA